UGCUUCCGCCAUAGCAAACAGCUCUCUGCGGAGGCUGCAGAGAUAGCAGCCGAGAAGAAGUAGACUCCAGCUCGCCAAUAGGGGCGCGAGAGUGACGUCAUAGCACGCGCCUAGCGGACCAGCAGGAAGCUGCAAUUGUCAUGGAGACGGGGAUGGUUGCUACAAUCUUUUUGUAGCCUCGCCUGUCUAGGAGCGAAGUCGGUGGUGAGUCAGGUUAAAGAGCGACUCUUCUAGUCUGGGAAAAGGGGAGAAAAAAAUUUGUCUUCCUCCAAGGAGGGUGGUGGUGUUAAUCCUACUUUAUCCUCACAGCAAUCCUGUGACGAGGCUAAAUCUAGUUUUGACUGCCUUAUCUUUAGGAAAAAAUGACUGCUGGCUCCAUCUUAGUUCCUCAAGUUAUACCACUUCGAAUCUCAACACCAGGCAAAGCUAAACAUGAAAUAGAUACAAAUACACUUAUAGAAAUAAAAUCAGAUACCCCUGAUGUCACCAUAUAUUACACUAUUGAUGGAAGUAAACCACAACUCUUUAGGAGACUUGGUUAUAGAGAUCAUAAUACUUACAAGUAUAAGGGACCAAUCACAUUACCAGAUGGGAAAAUAGCAAUCAAAGCACUGGCAGUCACAAAAGAUGGCAGAGAGAGCACCAUUGUAACGAAAGUAUUUAUAGUAGAAUAUGUAACUCCAAACACACAUGAAGAUAAUGAUGAAAAUUUCCUGGAAGACCCCUUCAGUCAGGAGAUGGAAGAUGAAUUGUGUGACUUCAGACUCGGAAAGAAAGAAGCAAAUGCUGAAAGCAAGUUCAAUUAUAAUGGUGUUGCACUGGAAUUACAAGGCAUGUCAAAAGAGAAAACAACUGUGCCCUCACAUCUCAUUGGACCACAUCUGUUGAACAAUUACUUGAAUAUGUCAAAUGAUAGAGAAGAGUCAAAUUCUGCCACACUGAUGCCUCAGUCUCAGUUUGCUAGUUCUGUUGUGGAUAAUAGAAGACAUCUCACAAGCAUCGAGGCACUGAGAACUCGGAAAAAAACAGAUUUCCUCAAGUGUGCACAAUGCUUAGCUCCUCAUACAUCUGGACCAUUUUCUCGCUUCUGUCAAAAUUGUGGUUCUCUGGUCCCAUCGGUGCCUAAACACAGCAUCCUACUCACUGCACAAGCUCAGAUGGGGUUGUGCAUCAAAUGCCAGACUAUGGUGCCAAUGAAUUCACCAACUUGUGUAGUAUGUGAUGCCCCGAUGGCUAUACAGCUGCAACCAAAAGCCAACACCCACCAAAAGGACAACGUACUCUGCUAUGUGUGUGGAGUGGGAAAUCCAAUUUGCCUUGCACAUUGUGUGGUCUGUGAGAGCCAACUUCCGGAAGCGCAGAGGAAUAACAGCUUGCAGACCUGGGAGCAAUCAGCUAUUCCAUUACCAACAUCAAGACCUAAUUUACUAGAGAAAAAAGAGCAAGGAACUCAAACCAUUGGCUUGUUCUAUCCAUCCAUGAAAUUUCUCAAGAAAAAAGAAUGUGAGCUUGUUUCUCAAAAGGAAAAACUGAAUGAGACAAAUGAUCACAAACCUCUGCUCACAGCCAUCAGUCCUGGAAGAGGUUACUGGAGGAAGCAACUAGAUCAUGUCUGUGCACACCUCAGAAGCUACACACAGAACAAUCUGGAGUUCAGGACUUUGAUUGGAGAGCCUCAAAUGGGGAAGCUUAUUUCUGCUACAGUCCACAAGGAUAGCUGUCAAGUCAGUCUCCAGAUAAAUUAUGCACUUCCUGUUAAUAAGGACAUUUUGACCAAUAAAUCGAUGACAUUUGGCUAUCAUGAACUGAGCUCCAGCAAAGCAGGAAAAGCUGGAUUAUAUGACAGUCAAGCCAGUUUGGAAAGCAAAGAGAGUCAAGGAAUGUUAAGCCCCAGCAGGAAAAUCAAAAGACAGAUGAAAACAAGGAAGUGUCUAGAAAAAGAAGACAAGCUUACUACUGAAUCUAGGCAGUUACUGAAAGAAGUGGGUCCAAAAGGCCAAGGGCAACCUUUUUUAGUAGAACAACUAAUUGAUGAGGGAGCUGACCCCAACUGCACCAACAAUGAUGAUCGAUCUGCUUUAACACUUGCAGUCUUGAACAAGCAUCAUGAGGUUGUUCCCGUUCUUGUGCAGAAAGGAGCAGACGUGGACCAUCACUCGGGACUACUUAACAAUACAGCUCUUCACGAAGCACUCUUGCUUGGACUGGAAGGAUGGGAAUGCAUGAAUGCAUUGCUAGGAUGUAAUGCAGACAUUAAGAAGAAAAAUGCCAGAGGGGUAUCAGCCUAUGAUUUGGCCCUGAAGAGUGGCAAUGAAAAAAUAGUUUCCUUGUUUGCUAGUAAGCUAGGACAGAGGAUGUUGGACAAAACGUCCAGUACAUGAGCAGAGUCCGGCUAACGACCAACUGAGAGAUUCUCCCAGAAGCUAUUUUGUUUGGCAGAAGCAUUUGUAAAAUUGUGUCACUUUUCUUCCUGGUUUAAAUGAAAUUGGUUAUAUGCCUGUAUUUGACAAGGAGACAGGGCUCCUCAUAACAUUUUGGCUCCUGAGGGGGAAAUAAUAAUGAACCAUUGUCACUCCUCAACAGUGCCUAAAAUCUGCUCCCUAGCCACCUUACUUAGCCUAAUGGCAAGACCCGCUGAACUUAAUGGAUGAAUCUAUUGACAGAAUGUUUUUAAAAAAUGUGGGGCUGCUUGUCAAAAGAAGCACAGGGACACCUGUGCAGAUCCGACUGUUUAUUUUCUUAUUUAGAAGAGGUGUGCUCUGACUCAAAUGAGCCCUUGGGUCAUGGAGGAUAAGGCUAUUAAUGGCUACUAGCUCUGAUGCAUGCUCUGCCUCCAUGGUCGGAGGCAGGAUGCUUCUGAAUACCAGUUGCACUCCUAUCUUCUUGUGGACUUCUCAUAAGCACAUGGUUGGCCACUGUGAGAACAGAAAGCUAGACAAGAUAGGACUGAUCCAGCAGGCUCUUCUUAUAUUAAGGUAGUUUAGCAGAUUAUAAACAACCCAGUAGCCGGUGAUCCUCUGGCUAGGCGCUCCUUUUUUGAUUGAUGGCUGGGACUAGGCUUUGCUCAGAGACUCGACAGCUCUUAUAUUCCAUCUAAAAUGUCUCUGAGUUCACAGCUGACCAGCUCAAGAUGGUGCUAUGUGCCAUCUGCAGUAUUUAUAGCAUCAUGCACACCUACUCAAGCAUAAGUACUUAUAACAUACAAGUUCCUGGCUUGGUUCAGUGUGCCAGUUGUUCCACUGUACCACACACAGCCUUAGAGAAUAUUUUGCUGUUGGAUAGCCACUAGUCAAGGUAAAACUGAAAAUGUGGCCCUACACCAGAGUUGCAAUCUCUGCCUUGAGCAAAAGGAGGUAGCUUAGCGAGACUAGAAAAUUGUAAAAAAAAAAAGUAUGUAAAAUAUCAGAAAAUAUUAUACAAACUAAAGAAAUGUGCAGUUUCACUUCAUUUGUUGUGACUACUAAGUUUUGGUUUGUUUUUAAUAUUAACAUCUAUACUGUUUACAAUACAAAUCUAUAUAUAUUACAAUAAUGUGACAAAAGCAUACAAAAUUGACUAAAGCUGUUCUGUAUAAUUCUCUGCUCAAUUUAAUAUCAAAUACGUUGCUAAAAUAUUUAUACUAUGCAUAAAAACUAAAUAACUAGACAAAAUAUUAAUUAGCCCUUCCAAAUGUUAGACACAUACAUGAACACUCGCUGUUUUGGAUGUUAUGAUUCUAUAAAUACAUGUUAUCUAUUCCUUGACGUGAGAUUCUUUGUUCCUUCUUCACAUACCUCCAUCUAUCAAUUUCUUCUUUGGCCUAAUUCUUUAUAUAAAGCUAUUAGUUGGGCAAUAUUAGGUUGCACCCAUAAUUUCCUUAAAAGAUCCAAUCUCAUUCCCAUUAAAUUUUAAAAUGAAGGUCUUCGUAAGAGUUCUUCAAACUUUACAGUAUUUUAUAAAUUCUUAAGAACAUUGUAGAUUUAUUUUCCAUUAAUAGUGUUUUAACCUGUCUUAUUAUUUUAAAUUGUGUGACUCCUGUGUAAUCUAUUUAAAUAAGUUUUGAUCUGUAUAAAUUGGAAACAUGGGAGGUGGCAUUAUGCAUUCUGGUAGAGUUCCAGCCUUAACCAUUACUUGAUUGCCAAUUGCCUAAUGCCCUUCCCAAUUAAAUUUCUUGUCUUCUGUCACUGAAGCUAAAGGUGGUAUUUCUAGUCCCAAUAUUUUUGUAAUGUUUUCAAACGUCUAAGCAUAUACACAUUAAUGGUUAAGCUCUGACCUAGAGACAGAUGGAAGUGAAAUGGAAUUAGAAACCCCUCCUAACACCUGCACAAAUGGUUAAAAGUCCUAACUAGCACUAAUCAACUAUGACAUCGCACUGAGGUUAAUCCAACAGAAAAUACUAUAUUGAGCCUAGUAGACUCCAGCAGUGGAAACACGAGUAUGGCAUGAUUGAUCACCUUCAGUCUUUUUUUCUUUCUUUCAAAAAAGCAAACUUUAACGGUGGUUUGCAUGAAAUCUUCUGGAGCUAUCCAUCUGAAAUUUGGCAGGGUUAAUUUCCAGGUCCCCAAUUACAUGUCCCUAAGUGCAUAUUACCUCCAUGGUGCUACCAGCCCAUGCUUGCCUAACACUACCCACUUGUGUCUAGUAUUAGAAGCCUUAGUUUAAAAAAAACCCUCAAUGUAUUCAAAAAUUUGAAGAAAGGGACAGGGAAACACAGGAAAAUGAGAAUUAGCAUGACUGAACACUCACUGUCUCUUAAUUUUUUUUUAAAAAAAGUGAACUUCAUGAAAAAUCAUGGAACACCCACCUGAAAUCUGGCAAGGUUAAUUCCCUCUGCAGGGGCUACUAUGCCUCUAAAUUUCAUGUCCCUGUGUGAAAAAAGAGAACCUUUAUGCCCAUUUUAAUUUUAAAACAUUUUAAAUUUUAAAUGUGGCUAUCAUGAAAGGAGCUGUCCAUCUGCAACUUGGCAGGUUUAAUGCCCUGUACAGCAGCUACCGUGUGUCCAUAUUUCAUACCUAGAUAUUUUGAACAAAGAGCUGAGCUUCAGAACAAACAUAGGAAGUGCAUUUUCCUAACACUAGUUAGAAUCUUUGCUGAAGGAAGUGCAGUAGGUGCCAGUCACAAAAUGGCUACUGUGGGGUGCGUGGCAUAACACAAAAUGGCUGCUGUUGGGAGUGCAUAAGAGAGGCUGAGCCACUGCAGACAGGAACUGACUUGAAACAAUACUUACUGGCUGCGUCAUUGGAAAUUUGGAACUCAUAAUUCUGCAAAAAACAUUUUAGAUAACAGUAGGUGUCAUGUAAUGUAACAUGAUCCCUUUUGCUUUAUUUAUGGUGACUGGGUCUGCCAUGUUUUUUCUAUUAUAGCCAGGUGUCAUAAUAGUUAUGAUACAUACCUUCAUACACUGUCUCACUAUAUAUGUACUUUAUAACU